UUGAGAUAUAAAGGUCGCAAAACUUAGACACCUUUCAGUGUUCGUUUAUCGUUAGCAAAUAAAGGUCAUCUAAUAAUCAUGAAAGUGAUAGUAGCUCUAUGCCUGCUGGUGAGCGCUGCGCUUGCAGCCCCUCCUCCAGUAUACAGAGCUACAGAUAGCCAAAACGCUGACAUUUUGCGAUUUGAAAACGACAACGAUGGCACCGGCUCCUACAAAUACGCAUACGAACAGACCGACGGCACGAAACAGGAACAACAGGGUGAAUUAGUCAACGUUGGACUCGAAAACGAACACUUGGUGGUCAAGGGUAGGUUUACUUUCAUCGGAGACGAUGGUAUCACCUACGUUGUAACCUACAUCGCUGAUGAAAACGGAUACCAGCCCGAAAUCGAACAAGGACCAGGCGGUGCCGUCCCUGACGCCGUUGUCGCUUCUCUCCUUGGUUAAAUAACUUAAAGACUUAUUAAAUUGUUAUUAAAAUUUUAAAUUAAGAA